AUGGUCGAAGACCUUUCGGCGUUGUAUGGAAUUCCGGGAGAGAAGUGGAAGGGAUGCGCUGCGAGGAUAACUCGGAUGCGAGUGAUUUUUGACACCGAAAUGCCUAACUAUUACACUCUGGUACGCCAUACUUCCCCGAGCCGCAGACUCCAUUGCUCACGCUCGGAAAAUGGUCGUCUGGAGGAAGCAUUUGCUACCGUCGAAAAAAACUUCGAGUUGUCCACUGGCCUACCCUGGAGUCAACGCACCAAUCUACCCAAGUACAAGAAGGCAAUCUUCAUUAACUUUGAGAACGAGGCAGACCAGAGCCACGAAGACCUUCUGUCGGCAGUUUGCGAAACUUGUGAAUUUAGACAACUUGCCCCUCGUCGAAGCUUUCUGCUACACCGCCAACUCAGCCCACUCUUACAGAAGAAAGCAACAUCCACCCAGCAUUCCGUGCACACUGCUUGUGCACUUUUGAGGAGAAUUUCUGAAGUCCAGAACCAGCCUCAGGAUUACAGUAACUGUCGGGCUGGGCCUGGACAACACGCACUUUUGUUGUUAUGCGAAGUUGAGCUCGGCAAACAAUGUGAGCCCUCAUGUUGCAGGACGAACCAGUGGAGGGCAACUGCCGCAUGGCUGAAAUCAAACACGGCAUGA